GUAAGGAAGCGGCUUGGUCGAGCAGUCGAUGACACGCUGUCAAUUGAUGGGACUGUUGGUACACGUAGUUUAUUGUCUUGUGUAUAAAUACAUAUAUGUAUGCGUGAAACUCCGCGUGUGCUGUUCGCCGUGUGAUUACUGCGUAAGUGCAGUAGAAAGGUGUGAGAAAGACGAGCGCGUUGUGACUGGAAUGUGCAUUGGCUCUAAUAACCCGCAUCGCCACAUCAACGAGCGCCGGUGAUAUCGCACUGAGAACGGGUUUAGAGAUUUUAGGAUUCACGUGAAAAGUUCGAUGCUGUCUAAAGCAACGCCCUGCUGUAAUUUCUCCGGCAAAAGCACGAUUUCUUCGUAGCACGUCUGUGGAUAAAAUUCAACCGUGAGGUAUAGUCGCCGCGCCAUUGCCGCCCUAUCUACAGCAUGGACGAGGAGGACGAGCAGCAGCGGAGAGCCCGGCAGGAGGCGCUGCGGCGCGAGCAGGAGGAUGCCGGCGCCUUCGAGCGCGUCGUCGCGGCGACGAUCACCACCGUGUUUGCCAUCAUCAUCGCCUGCCGGCUCAUGUUACUCGGCAACGAGGACGUCGCUCUAGCCGCGCUCGAGCCGCCGCUAUCGCCCGAGACGGCCGCGCGCAGGAAACGCGUUGCCCUACAGUCAAACAACAACAUCGAGGCGAGUCCGCGCAGCGCGCCGAACGCCAGCGAUAGUCACCUGGCGGCGGCGAUGAUGACGACACCGGGCGGCACGACUCGCACGCUCGUUCACGACUUCAGCUUGGACGAUGUCGACGAGCCGGCGAGCGACGACACGAGCGUGAUGACGAGCGAGAUGUCGGCGCAGAGCGACGGCAGCGGCUCGAGUUUCCCGCUGCUCGACAGCACCGCGGCGUCCGUGGACGUCAGCACGCGCCUGCCGCCGCUCACCGACGCCGAGCAGCAGCGUGAGAUCGCGCGCGCCGUGCGACAGUACAUCGCACCCGCGGCGGGCGACGUCAGCACGUCGUUCGAGAGUUCGAACGCGGGGUCAGAUGUGUAUCAGUCGGAGCAGGUUCCGCCGGCGGCGGCACAGUUGGAGUCCCUGAAUAGAAUCGAUAAUUUAGGCGUGCCCCUGGGCGGUAGCGAGUCGCGUAGCACGGAGGCAAACGUGGGAGCGGAUGACGCCGAGUUGCUCGCUGCCGUUGAACGAAUAAUGGAAGCAGACGUUAAUGACGACGAAGAAGAUAAAGUCAUCGUAAUUCCGGAUCUGACCGACGACUACAGCGGUUAUUUAGCGACGAUUUCAGAAGAGAGUAGUAGCGAGGCGGAAAUGCAAACGCGGACGUCAUCAUCGUCAUCGUCAUCAUCGUCAUCCUCCUCGUCAGUUAGCCAAGAUGAAAGCGCGAACGGGGAAAAUCCCAGUAUUGAUCGCUCGCAGGUGAUGGACGGUGCGCAGGCGUCACCAGGUAAAAUUGCUGAGGCGAAACGGAGGGACGAGUGUACAGGUGAGCAAGAUCUAUUAAUAACAACACCGUUAGUCGACCAACACAAAGCCGACAGCGAAGCGAUGCGAGAGACAGAGGUCAGGAUUGUUUCGCGUGAAAUUAACGUCGUCAAAAGCGUUAAAUAUCAGCGUCGUACCGUAACGUCGAUGUCACACGCGUCGGAGGUUGAAAGCAAAACAACAAAAAUGGCCGCCACCGCAGAGGCGGCUGUACCUGACGUGAUAUCACCCGACAGCGGGUUAGAGGAUUCGUUCACUGGAUUAGAUAAGGAUUUCGCGAAAAUCGGCUGUGUCACGCCAGAUUCUGAUUUCGACGGUGCCGUCACGGAAGGAAAAUAUGUUCAAGACGUGUUAAGACAUUCGACGACGUACGUAGAUUCCGAACCGUCCGCGUCCAUGGAGACACCGCCGAAAAGCUUUACUUACGAGUAUCAAAAGACUGUGCUUACGCCAUCGGGAGAGGAGAUUAAGGAAAACCUAUGGGAAAACUCAACAGAAACAGAGAAACUGUCCGAUAAAUCUUCAGAUGAUGAAGCUGAAGAUAGACAAGGUGGGUUAGACGCUGUGAAAUCUAAAGCUGACGCCAUGGGUACAGAUGCUGAUGAUAUCGUGUCAAGAGAUGAGGCGAACUUAACUGCUUCCGGUGAUAGUGAUUUGCCAAAACGCAAGAAAGGAAAGUACACUGUUACUAGAUCGGCCGACGAUACGCCGUCAUCGUCAUCGUUGUCGUCAGACAGCAGCAGUUCUAGCGAGAGUGAUACGACCGAGAGUGGAACAGAAAAGGAGAGUGAUAACAGUUCAUCAGAGAGUGAUCAGGAGAGUGUAAAGGGCGCAUCGGUGAGCGAGGUGCCGACUACAGACGGCGACAUUACAAACACGGAUGGCGACAGCGAGGGAGAGUACGAGCCAAAUGCCUAUCGGCCAAUGAUAGCGAAAUUUCCUGUGAGAAGUCCAAUGUCGCCUGGCAGAUACAAGGACUCCAGCCUGCUCUCUAGUAGUAUAGACGAGAUGCUGGAAGAUACCACAUCAUCGGAGAAUGAAGAUGUGAAGCCAAUUCACAGAAUGAAGCCCAUGUCCCCAAAGCGUGAGCAUAAAAUGACGGCGUAUUCCGUGAGACCCAUUUCACCCACACGCGAUUCAGCUAGUGCAAAAGAUAAGAACGAUCGUGUAAAAGCAGAUGUAAAGGCAGGUCUUCAAAAGGAAAGCAAGACACUUCCAGAAACAAAGAACAUUGUCACUGAGAGUCAGCAGCCGUUGUACAGUGUCACUAAAAGUGAAGUGGACAGAAAAACGGGCAGUAACACGGGAGGCUAUACAGAGAGCAAAACAUUGCCAGUUAGAGGAUAUGUUACACCUACGCAGUCGUCAACUGUUGAUAAGACAACAUGCCCUACAUUCUUAACUCUUCUGAAGCCCGAGGAUAUACAGAAGAAUAGAUACCGUGGUAUGUCUCCAACUAUAGAUAAGCCUGUUGACACACUGCAAGCUGAUCAGGGGGACAAUCAAUUUACGAUUAGUCCAACCAAGAAGAGUAUACUUGAUGCAAGACAACGGUUUUUCGCUGAUGGGGGACUGCAAGUGGACAACGCGGCCAUACUAAAGAGCAUAUCCGAGUUCGACAAGCGUUUGCAACAUCUAAAAGACAAGAAGCCCGUGCAUUCACCGAGAUCAACAGACUUUGAAGAUAUAGAAACGUAUAGACAGCGCAUGAGAGACCGGGCGGGUUCAACGCCGGAAAAAGAUAUGCUACGCCGUUAUCUUCAGCCAGGGAGACCUCAGGGGCAAGAUGAAGGUGGACGAAAGCCGAUGUCAUACUCAAAUGAUGACAUUCUUGAUGAUGAUGCCUACCGACCAGCACGGCCUAGGUUCAAAUCGACUAGUGACAUAAAGGUUCUAGGGAGUGAAACCAAGCUCGUACCUGUAGUGCCUUACCAACAACCGGGAAGUGUAUAUACCAGUGGACAACAAGUUAACAUAAACUACAGAGAGACGGACAUUGAUUCUCUGAUGUCCAGUGAAGUGCAGUUGGUCAAAGAGACGGAUAUUGACCAGCAGUACAGCAAAUCUGUAAAGGAGCCUAAGCGUUUAACUGAGAUGAAGCCCUUACCACGAUCCGCUGCCUCUGUGCCAAACUCACCGUUAUUGGCUAGUGCGCAUGUCCUCAGCAGGACUAGAAGCACUGGAGAUCUCGAUGAGCAGUCGGUGGAAGCUCCUGAAAAUCAGCUACAAAAAGAUCACAAAGAGCCUCAGGGAGUCGUGACAACAUGGAAGAGAUUUGAUAAGAAAUCGGCUACGCUGCCAAUGCGUGCUGCACCUAAAUCGAUACUUAAACAUAGAGCGAUUUCGGACAGUGGAGCAAGUAAGUCACCGUCUGACAACGGGAGGCAGAUUCCAAAGAGUCCGAAAACAUUCAGAAUAUCUGAACCUGAAGUCACAACUCGCGAGGCUGAAGAGCUUUUUAGCGAAAUACAGAAAUUCGCUGAAGAACAUACAGAAGAUGACUAUUCCGUAGAGAAAGUAAAGGUUAAAUCAUAUGAUGUAUCAACAAAACAGACGCCACAUACUGGUACUGUUCCAGAACUACACCACCGGCUCAAGGAACGCAUACCAGCUAAAAUCGAAGACAGUGUGCGAACUAGUGAAUUGCCACCAAAACUACAACGAGUACCAGAUCUAAAACCUGAACGUCAAGAAAAACCUGCUAGUGAUAAAGACAGUCUGUUAGCUAGUACAGUACCAACUGCCAUACAACAGGUGAAACAAGUGAAGACCAAAUCACGUGCAAUACAGCUUGAGGAAAACAUAUCAGCUAAAAACGAAGGCAAUCUGUCAGCUAGUGUAAUACCAGCUGAUAAACAACAAGCAAAGGAUUUGAAGGCAGAACCGGAAACAACCCAGCCUGAGAAAAGCAUGGGUGAUGAUGGUGAGGACAGACUCUCAGCCACCAUAAUGCCACCUGCCAAACAGCAGGUACUUGAUUUGAAGACACAGCCAUGCAUAACCCAGCCUGAGAAAAAAAUCACUGAGAAAAGCACUGAGAAAAGUCUGAUAGCUAAUAUUGAACCAGCAGCUGCCAUACCACAAGUCCAAGAUGUAAACAUAGGACGACCAGAGGAACAACUUGAGACAAAUAUACCAGCUGUAAAAAAAGAUGACCAGUCAGCUAUCGCAACACUACAUGUCAAAGAAAAAUCAAUAGAUGCAAAGAGAGAGCCACAAGAAGCCCAGCCUAUGGAAGACCUACCUGCUGGAUAUUUCGACGGUCACCUAGAAAUAGCAACAUCGUGCACAGUCGAUAACGCACCAGAUAGUCUGUUAGCUAGUACAGUACCAACUGCCAUACAACAGGUGCCACAAGUGAAGACCAAAUCACGUGCAAUACAGCUUGAGGAAAACAUAUCAGCUAAAAAUGAUGGCAAUCUGUCAGCUAGUAUAAUACCAGCGAUAGAUGCAAAGAGAGAACCACAAGAAGCCCAGUCUAUGGAAGACCUACCUGCUGGAUAUUUCGACGGUCACCUGGAAAUAGCAACAGCGCGCACAGUCGAUAACGCACCAGAUGUUAAGACAGAACGACAAGGAACUCCAAUUGAGAAAAACAUACAAGCUCAAAACGAUGUCAGCCUACUGGCCACUGCAGUGCCACGUACAAUAGAUAAUGUGUCAGAUGCAAAGUCAGAACGACCAUCGAAAGACGAUGAUGCAAAAAGAGAAAAAGAGUCAUUUACCUAUAGAGAAUUUAAAGUUGAAACUAAAGUAACUAAAACAACAGCGACGACAUCAAAGCUGCCCAUAGAAUCACACAACGAUGACGUCAGUGCCCCCACAUUCAACCAGGAAGAACAUGAUGACUCUGUCCCGCUAUCUGUGAAACCCAGCAGUACGUCAUCGACUGCGAAUACCAUGGAAGAGAAAUCUGCCUAUCAACCAUAUGAUGCUAGCAUGCCCGUCCCUAAGCCUAGAAGUAGAGCCCUAGAUUCCACGACAGAAGCAGAAGCCAAUGUGGAGACAGAUGUUCCAGUAGUUAUAAUGCGGCAAAAGACUCGAGCUACACCAGUGCCCAAACCAAGAUCAUCACUGAUUUCACAAACAAGUGUCGAAUCAUUAUACGAGACAAAUACUAGACAGUCGACCAUUUCUGUAUAUGAUCAGCAAGCAGUGGAGCUGUAUAUGGACGAUGAUGGAUUAGGAUCCACAGAAAAGCUCACAAACACGAGCACUAUAAAUAGCAAGCCCGAUCCAGUUACUGAUGACAAAGCACCCGCACUUGAAAAAAGAACUCCCUUGCACUCAGACGAUGCACGUAAACCAAUAGCCGAACAUAAACCGCCGCCAUUACCUCCAAAGCCUAAAGGCAUGCUUCCUUCUUUUAGUAGGUAUAAGCCACAACCGAAGCAGCAGGAGAAAGUUGAGGAGCCCCGGCAUGAAUCACUGAACAAGCAGGUUGGCGGCCAAGGACAACGGCAUCCAAAUGCGAAACCAGAGCUAGAUGCGAAAGACGAGAGGUCGGUAAAGGCAAGACACACAACGGCCAGUGUCACCACCCAGGUAACCCCUGUGAAACCCAAAUUACCCAUAAAACCCCAUAAAUACCGUGUGCCACCAACAUUACCACCGAAACGAGUAACAGGUAACACGGAGAAACCUUCAACCAUGGAAGAUCGAUCUGGAAAAAGAUAUCACGUGAGAAAUGCAGUGUACCCAGAUGGAAUUCAGUUAUCUGUGCCACAAAGAGGUACGCUUGUGUUGGAGCAUUUCUUUGAUGACGAUGACAACCAGUUCUUAGUUGCAAAAGAUUACUCGCCACCAGUUGAAAUGGUGACUGAAAAAAGUAAAAAGGCUGCACGGCCAAGAAAAUCUGGUUCGAAAGCAGAGAAGAAGACAGUAAAACCAUCCACACCGCAAGAUAAUAAGAAAGCAGAUAUCAAGAAUACAACAGAAUUUAUGAAACCUGAAUCCAUAAACCAAAAAGGCCACCCAGCAGAGGAUCCAUUAAAAGCCACUGGUGAAAGCGUUCCUGUUAAUGAUGACAAAUUCUAUGUAAUCAAUGGGCAGGCAAUACCUACAUACGACAGCAGUGCAGAGGACAUCGCCAUGAAAAGCACAAGCAAUACUCCCAUAUAUGCUAAUAUUAAUGUGUCUGAAUCGCCAGAGGUAAUGUUGCCUCAUGAAAUGCCUCACAAGAAAGAGCAUCCAGUUACAACUAGGAACAAAGAAAAUAUUCUACCACUCCCUGCCAAAACACAGGACUCAGGAGGGAAACAACCACAGAGUCGAAAGGGUCCAAUUGUAACGACAACAUCCGAGACUACACAGCAGACCUUAAUUUAUGUGAGAGAGAAGCAGACUAUCUAUUAUGUCGUAUUAAACUCCUCAGGCAACAUCAUUGAAAAAACUCCAGUUACUGAUGCGCAGUUCAACGAAAUGCCACCCCAAGACAUCGCAGCCCUUGCCAGGGCAACAGAUGGACAAUACGUGGUCAGUCAGCAAAAGUCCGCUCCAGUAGAAACCGCAGGGUCAGGACACCAAGAUAAGAUGCCCGAAGAGUCAACUGUUGAGGAUAGAAUGCUACCAGAAAGAACUGAAAAUGAUAACUUAAGAGACAAAGACGUAUCAGCCAAUAAAGGUAAAAGCGAUGCUCCAAUAUAUGCAAAUGUGUCGAGCUUGACAGACACAAAAUUGCCUGGUGAAAUUGUUGAUAAGGAGCAACCAGCUACUAAUAGUGGCAAGAAAAACAUUCUGCCACUUCCCCCGAAAACUCGUCACGCACAGAAACAAAAACAUCCCACAGUAACGAUAGUGUCUGAGGUUACACAACAGACUUCGAUUUACGUUAGGGAGGAACAGACUAUCUAUGUUGGCUUUCUGACCCCUGACGGCAACAUAGCUGAGAAAACACCAGUCACUGAUGCAAAGUUUAAACAGAUGUCACCCGAAGACAUGGUAGCCCUUGCAAAAGCAUCGGAUGGAGAAUACGUGAUCAGCCACCAACAUAAGGUGCCCAGUCAGCUAACUGUUGAGGAUGGAACAGUACUAGAAGAAACUAAGAUGGAUGAAUUAAGAGGGGAAGACGUAUCUGCUAUGGAAGGUAGAAGCGAUGUACCUAUAUAUGCCAAUGCCAAUGUAACUAGAGCGUCGGAUGCCAAACGACCUGAUGAAAUAUCUGUAAAGAAGGAGCAUCUAGACACUCCUGAGGUCAAAGAAGCACCGCAACUACAGAAACGAAAAGGUCCCACAAUAAAAAUACCAUCAGAGGUUACACAACCGACAAUAGUUUACGUCAGGGAGAACCAAACUAUCUAUAUUGUCAUACUGAACUCAGAUGGUGUCAUCGCUGAGAAAACCCCAGUCACUGAUGCAGAGUUUAAACAAAUGUCACCUGAGGACACUGCAGCUCUUGCAAGAGCAUCAGAUGGAGAAUACGUGUUUAGUAAACAACAACCUGUAUCGCUACAAACUGUUGGGACAACCCACCAAGACAAGAUACUCAGGAAAACAGAUGAUGACGUGUCAGUAUCAGAGGACAAUGAAAUCGAUAAUUUAACCGACGAAGAUUUAUUACCUGGUUUGCUGAGGAAGAGGCGCAGGAGGUUAGAGUCAGAUUCUGACGAGGAAGAAGAAGCAGUGAAGAAACUAUAUGACGAGGAGUAUGAUGUAGAAUGUAUGAUAAUGAACUAUGGCUCUGAAGAAGCUAUGGAAUUUGAUGAGAGUGGAACACCUUUAGCAACAAAGCCUCAUCUUUCUGCCGAAUCUACGUCUUCUAGUGAAGAGAGUGAUGACAUUGUAGCUUAUACUAUACCUUUAACGCCCAUGUUGGAUAAGGAACUAAUGCUUGAUAUGCUACUAGCUUCUCGUCAGAUGGGAUUCGUGCAAGUUGAUACGGUAGGGCGGCCUCUCACUGUUGCUGUUGAUGGGAAGGAAACGCCAAUUUACAUCUCAGUAGGCUUUGAUGGCAAGCCUGCCAUUGUCGAUUCAAAUGGAAGACAGCUCGACACGGUUGUUGUCAAAAUUGCAAAGCCUCUUCAUGGUAUCGCCCGUGAUCCUCAAGGAAAGCCAUUAAAAGUAGCUAAAGAUGUACACGGUAAAUCAAUAUGCGUUGCUGUUAACCACAAUGGGAAGGACGUUGCAGUCAACAUGGACAGCCUGCCGUUGCAAGUGAUUCCCGAUCCCAGCAUUCACCCACUACAAGUUGUGUUGGGGGCCCAAUGCGGCAAGGUGUAUGUCACAACCAAUGAGCAUGGAAAACGACUUGCAGUUUCACGAGAUGGUACACCCAUUAUCCUUGUUCCUAAUUCCAAUGCAGAACCAAUGAGGAGAACGGUUGAUUGUCUGGGAAGACAAAUCCCGAUGGCAAUUGAUGGAAAUGGCAAACCUGUCUAUGUCGCUGCCCUUCCUGAUGGAAAGCUCAUGACCGUGGAUGUUGGCGGAACACCUCUACAGGUUCUUUACCAAUGGCAGGGUAGACCACUUCAAAUGUAUGUUGACGGAAGAGGAGAACCUAUACAGGCAGUUGUUGACUCCACCGGUCAUCCUGUCUACUCGGCAAUAGAUUUUCAAGGCCGAAAGCUAGCCGUGGAUGUAGACGGAACACCGCUGAACUUUGUUGAGGAUGAAACUGCUAAACCCCUGCAAGUCACUGUAGAUGCGGAAGGAAGACGCCUAAUGGUUGUACUUGAUGCUCAUGGUAGGCGCGUAUAUAUGGCACAAGAUCCCCAAGGUCACAAGAUAGCUGUAGAUGCUUACGGUCGACCGCUGAAGAUUGUUUUGGACACAACGACGAAGACCUUGCACUUGUUAGUCGAUACGCACGAGAAACCAAUUCUAAAGGCAAGUGAUUCACAUGGCAAUCCCAUCUACGUGGCAGUGGAUCAGAAAGGCAAACAGCUUGCUGUUAACGACAAAGCUGUGCCACUAAGGGUCGGAGUGGAUGCUGAUGCUGAGCUGCUAACACCCCUGUCAGAUUCUAACGGACAGCCUAUAAAGAUUGCAGAAGAUGUGCAUGGCAGACUGAUAUAUAUCGCCAAAGACAUGCAGCAGCAGAAAAUCGCAGUUGAUGGAUCUGGUAGACAAUUUUCCGCAACAGCUAUAUACAUGCCAGCGUCGUCUAUCAAAAUGGACUGUGACAGUGUAGGGAAUCCAAAAGCUCUUGGUACUGAUUCAAAGGGAAACGUAGUCUAUAGGGGAUCGAGUAAACAGAAAGAGCAAGUCGCUAUUAACUCGGAGCAGAUUGCUCUUGUCCUAAAUGAAGAUGAAACUGCUGUGCCUUUACCUCUCGUCCGUGACACGAAUGGUAAUCCUGUUGAGAUAGGCAUCGACGCCAAGAAUGAUCUUAUUUACAAUGGCGUUGACCCAGAAGGCAAUCUAUACAUCGUGAAUGCUGCGGGAAUGCCUCUCUGGGCAAGCUCAACUGUUCGUCCGUUGGUUGACGAGCAACUCCAACCAAUCAAAUUUGCCUCUGAUUGCGAUGACAUGCCAAUCUACAUCGCCACCAACGAUAAUGGCGAGUAUGUCACUGUUGACUGUCACGCAGUGCCAUUGCGACUUCACCCGUCUGGUAAGUCAGCAUUGCCUCGGCUUGUUGUCGAUGGAAAAGGAGAACCCAUACAGAUGGCCCUCGAUGCUGAUAGUAAGUCCGUUUAUAUGGCGAGUGACUCAGUCGGCGAGGAUAUACUCGUCAGUGCAACAGGAAUACCACUUCAGAUCACCUCUGCCAUGCACCUGGCUGAUAGCAAAACGAUGCACGACAGUCACGAUGAAUGUUUUGAAGCGGCUGUCGAUUCCCGCGGUGUGCCAAUCUUUCUGAAAGUAGACAGCGCUGGGAAAUAUGCCGUGGUCGACGAACAUGGACAACCGGAGCGAUUAGUGAAGGACGCCAAUGCGGAAAAAAUGAAGAUUGCCUAUGAUGACAUGGGGAAGCCAAUAGAAAUCGGGUUCGACUCUGACAACAAGCGCAUCUAUGCUGCGGUCGAUGCAGAGAGUAGAGAAGUAGCUAUUGAUCUCGCUGGCCAUCCAAUGAAAAUUUCAUCUAAACAGGAUGUCGAACUACCGAAAGUGAUUGCAGACUUGGAAAGUAAGCCACUGAAAAUCGACGCUGACAGAGAAAGUAAACCACUGAACAUCGACGCUGACAGAGAAAGUAAACCACUGAAAAUCGUCGCCGACAAUGCAGGUAACCCACUUGAAGCAGCAGUAGAUUUCCAUGGAAAUGCAAUAUUCUUGGCAUUGGACCAUCAAGGCAAAUACGUUGUUGUGGAUGCAGUUGCGAAGCCAAUUAUGCUCAAAGAGGACCCGAAUCCAAUGCAGCUUGAUGUGGCAGUUGAUGAAGAAGGAAGGCCAAUUGAAAUCGGCUUGAAUGGAAACGGUGAUGUAGUUUAUGUAGCAGUCGACAAUCGAGGGAGAGAGGUUGCUGUAAACCUGCACGGUAAACCUCUUUUGAUUUCCAGCAACGCUACCACCCAGCCCGAAACUGUAGACGCAGAACAGCUUGAGGAAGCUGCUGUUGCUCCUCCAACCCUAGUCAGCACUAAACCAGUCACGAGUAAAUCCGCUCAACAACAGAAAUCAAAAAUACCUGUUGCACAGGAUUCACACGGAGAACCACUCUAUGUCCAAGUUAAUCCUGGUGGAAAUGAUGCAAUCGUAGAUUGCAAAGGAACAGCUUUACAACUGGUUUAUGAUCCCCGAGCACAGCCGUUAAUACUUCAGCAAGAGAGCACGGGAAACCCCUGUGUGAUCGGGAGCGAUGCUAACGACAAGCUGGUCUAUGUCACCCGUGAUUCAGACCACAACGCUGUUGCUGUCAAUGAACAUGGACGACCACUAAAGAUUUCUAGGAAAAGUAAGAAAAUCGCAUUGCAAAUGAUACUUGGAAAGGAUGGUAAACCUCUUCAGGCUGCAUCAGACUCGUGCAGGAAUCCCAUCUUCCUGGCAAAAGACCAGCAGCAGAGAGACGUUGUCGUUGACGGGAGUGGAGAGACCCUGCAUCUUGUAGAAGACGAGAAGGCACGUCGCCUGAAGGUAAAUCAGGACAAAAAAGGUCGUCCAAUCCAACUUGCAAUUGAUUCACAGUACAAGCCCAUAUACACCGCCACCAAGAAAACUGGUAAGGCCAUAGUUGUUGACGCAUUUGGCACCCCUCUGAUGAUAGAGAAGGAAUCAAAUGAGAAUAUUAACUACCAACAAGAGAGAGUUUCUGAUAAAAGCACACGCCAAAAUUUGGUUCCUAGUCGCACGGAAAAACAAGAAAUAGAGCCACAGACAACAAAACCAGUGGCAGAAAGCAUUGUGAUUGAUAGCAACAAAGGCAACAAAGAACCGUUGCACGAUGUUUCAAGUAGCACAGCCAAACAUGCAGCAGUACCACAUGUAGCUGAACCAGCGGCAGAUAAUGCAACUAAUAGCGAGAAACAACCUCUGGAGAUGAUCACUGAUGCUAAGGGAAACCCCAUGCAGGUCGUCGUCGACGCAGAUGGAAGACCGAUCCACCUUGCCUUUGACACUCGUGGAGUUCAAGUGGCGUCGGACUCUGAGGGUAGGCCCAUCGAUGCGAUCCCAGCACACAAACUGCCCCCGCGUCCAUUGGCAACUGAUGCAAGUGGCCGCGUGAUCAGCUUUGCUGCUGAUGCUAAAGACGUCCCACUAUACCUGGCCGUUGUUGAGCCUGGGAAACAAGUUGCAGUAGACAAGAAAGGACACCCUUUAAAAACUAUCGUCGACGUUCAGAUGGCAGUGGACGACGAUGGGAAACCGCUCGUCGUUGCGGUGGAUUCAUUCGACAAGCCCAUCUUCGUAUCAGUUGACUCACAUGCAAAUCACAUCGCCGUUGAUUCCCAGGGAAGACGUCUGAUGGCUACCGUUGAUCAUAAUAACGAGCCGAUCAAUGUGCAGACUGAUGAUGAGGGUCGCGCUUUCCAGAUAGCCGUCGAUAGUCGUGGGAAGCCUCUAUUGCUGGCGUACAGCGAUGAUGGCAGGAAGAUGGCCGUUGAUGGGCAAGGAAAACCGGUGAAAGUUGAGGUCGAUUCAUCUGGCCAGCUUCUCCUGGUUGCUCUGGAUUCCCGCUCCAAUUCUUUAUACGUUGCCCUUGAUUCUGAGAAGAGAAAGGUACUGUUCGACUCCAAAGGCCGUCCAUUAAACAUAGCUUCGGACAGUAAUGGAAGCCCUCUGUCAUUCCAGUAUGACCUAACGAAGUCACGGUUAAGCAUGACAGACAAGAAUUCGUCAUCUCCAGUCGCAAUUGAUUCUGAAGGAUUUCCACUCUACGUGGCAAACGAUUAUCAAGGUGCUCUAGUUAUCACUGAUUGUCAUGGUAGUCCAAUGGAUGCACACCCUGACAUGAACAGUGUCAGACUUCAAGUUGUUCUCGAUAGGACUGGAAACCCGGUAAGGAUAGCGUCCGACUCACAGGGAAGGGCUGUGUGCCUCGCAAUUGGACAUGUAACAGGUGACCUGCUACCUCACAAAGUUGCCUCUGAGGUGCAACGGCCAAUGGAGACAGAUAUCGACGCAAUCAUUGACAUUCCUCAACAGCAGGUCGUGCCAGAAACUGCCCAAGAGCCGCGUAAAGCUAAAAUUUCGAAUAAGUUGGAUGAAGCUACCGGCAACCAAGCAUUUCCUGCUAAGAAGACGGAUCCUGAGUUACCAAGCUUCUCCAGAGCAUCUCCAGAAAAUGUUCGAGAGCCGAGUAAAGCUAAAACGUCGAAUAAGUUGGAUGAAGCUACCAGCAACCAAGCAUUUCCUCCUAAGAAGACGGAGCCUGAGUUAUCAAGAGUCUCUCCUCGAAAGAGUCUAGACGACCAGAGCGUGAAGGCCACUCGACUCACGCGCGCGGAAUUUGACGUGGAUACCGCGCUCUGGGAUGGUAAGCCUGAAAGCAAGACAAGUCUAUACAAGAGCUUGCCCGCACUCAUCACAGAGGAGGUGGCGAAAACAAUUCAAGUCAAAGACACGUCCUAUUUUGUGAAACAAGAUCAUGGAACUAUCGUGAUAGAGCUACAGAUGGUAAGCAACGAAAGAAACCCUAAGCCUAGUCGGACGAAGAGUGCCGAUGACAUAUUGGCAGUGUUGGAGGCGUCGGAACAUGACACGAGCGUUCCAAGAUUCCUGCGGAAGGCUCCCGUUACUCCAGGCACGCCGGGAGAUGAUGACGUGUUUGUUUUGCCUGGUAACCAAACGGUACCUCUUCAUGCGUCGACACCGAGAACAAUACCGCUGCAAAUCGCGACUCGUGACAUUUCCAUAGAUGACAUCGAAAUCGGGGAAUAUGAUCCGGUGAAUGAUCCUUGCAACGAAGAACUGAUGAAGGUAUCUUUUGAGGAAGCUGUCGACAACAUGUUAGACCUCGCGCCAAGUCGACCGGAGACCCCUGUUGAGGAGUACAUAGCUGAAGCUGUGGAGAGGGGCCGCCCCACCCACGCUCACACACACUACAAGUCGCUCACCAGCAUCAGCCCCGGAGAUCUUGAUCAGACACACGACCACACAUUUCAAGACCUGAAGGUGGUGAAAAGCCAGAGCACGAGUUACCUGGAGCCAAGCGUCGGCUCGCUGGACGACCUACUCAACGUCGAGUGCACGAGUCGCGACGCGUGGAAGAAGGCGACGCAAGACCCGAAGCACAUCGACAGGUACAUCAAAUCCGACGACGUCGUCGUGCGCUGUCGCAACUCGCGCUGCGGCCGCGCCAGCGGCCACGACGACGCUCGCGAUACCUACAAAUCCUGCUUCAACUGCUACACGUACUACUGCAGCAAGCAGUGCCGCAAGGAGCACUGGGAGAGCCACAAGCGGCGCUGCACGUUCGCGCGCGUCAACACGCUCUGCAAGCGCGUCUGCCAGAAGGCGAUGACGGACCGCUGGGUCGUGCGUCAGCUGUCGCGCAUCGCCGCCAACGGCUGGCGCAAGCACGGCAAGGGCUGCGUUGUGCUGAAUCUGAGCAGCGUCGACACGGGUCACGAGUUCGUGCGCUCGGGCCUGCAGCCGUCGGCGCCCAACUUCUACUACCUGCCCGUCGCGAAGCUGCACCGCGAGAACCAGGGCAUGCACCAGAGGGCGCUGACGCUCAUGUGCAAGCAGUACAAUCCGGCAGAGCGGUUUGUACUCAACGUGACCAUUAUUCCGGGCAUCAGCAUGCCAGACAAGGACAUGCCGAGCAAGUUCAAGGGCACGACGGUGAAGAAGUGCGUGAAAAUCUGGCUCGACGUCGAACCAGCACCCGCGCCGAAAGCUCCCGUCCGUGACAGCGGUUUACUGUAGACGGCAGCGCGGCUGUGGUCGCGUCAGGGUAGACUCGCCCUCAGCGAUGUAUAUAGUACACCGGGAGAGAAUGAAAACAAUCGUUUUCAUCUAUCUUUAAUUGCGUCUGUUUUUUUUUAUUCGCUCCCGAUUAUUGAUUGUGAAAAUAUCUAUUGAUGUAUUGAGAUGUGUUCAGCAUUAUAUACACAGGUGAUUGCAAUAACUACAUUCGGCGUUUUACAUUAGAGACGAGGUAAAACGACUAUUGCUGAACACUUUUUGGAAGUGAUAAUAUAAUUAGAACAUGUAGUUGCCGAUGUAUGCGAUGUUUACCCGAGAUUGGGUAGGACCCCGUCCAGUAGUAAAACCAUUUUAUUUACUUGUAACUAUAUUUAGCGUUUGGAUUAUUAUGGUGCGUAUGACUUUAAACCUUGUAUUUUACACGCCCGUGUAAACGGUGGUACUAUAAUACGAUAGCAUGGUGGAUCUAAAUAUAUGUGCUUGGGUAUAUAGUCUCGAAAGGCUGCUCUCUGAGUGUGUUAGAACUAAGAUUUUUGACGUCCAGUGAACAUUGAAACUACCGAUAUAGCUGUAACAGUUGGUGCAUGACGAUUGACCCCUUUACUAUCUCGAGGACUAUAUUUUUAUGUAUGCAUCUCUAAAAACGUAUUGGAUGUGAUAUAUUGCCGUGUUAUUAUUCGUAAAUAAGUGAUUGUUUGCGUUGUGGUGAAAAUGUACGUAUAUGUUGUGGUACGAAAUUGUUCAUUCUUUCAACAUCGACCUCUACGACGCGUUCUAUCGAUUUUUGUAAUUAUAUAUAUGUUUAUGUUUAUACGCGAGCGAUUGUAUAAUCAAGUUAUAUAUCAUGUACGCGAGGCACUACUAAUAUUUAACUGUAUAAAACCCACUUAAAAUAAUAAAAAGUGCGUAUGUAUUCGCGUCAUGAUUGCGAAUAUUUCCCUACAAGUAUCGACUAGCCUAUGCGAAGCCGCACAGAUGGUGUGUUUUUAUCAGUUCGUCAGUCGCUGUCUGGAAGCAGGGUCUUUACUUAUAUAUCGAUCAGUAAAGUAAUGUUUUAAAUUCCACUUCUAUCGUUCAUCGGAAAUAUUUUCCCGAAAAAUGUAGCAAUUAUACGUGGCUAGUCGGACCGCCAGGAAGGCUAACCGUGUAUGUACUACACGUGUAAUCGGCAACAACCAUAGAUUCACAUAUAGGAUUAAAAUCCCCGCAUGGUUGUCGCCGUGUAAAGUUCCAGUUUAUUAUAAUAAAAAAAAUAUCACGAUA